AGAGUUAAUUAAGAGCUGGAGACAAUCUUGCUGAAGAUGAAGGAUAUAAAAUAUUAGAAGAAGAAUUUUUUUUUUUCUUUUUUCUUUUCAAAAGUCUUGGUUGUUUGGUGACUUGUCUCUAGUUACCACUUUUCAAUUGAAUCUAUUCACUUCAUCAGAAAUGUUUUUUACAAUCUCAAGAAAAAAUAUGUCCCAGAAAUUGAGUUUACUUUUGCUUGUAUUUGGACUCAUUUGGGGAUUGAUGUUACUGCACUAUACUUUCCAGCAACCAAGACAUCAAAGCAGUGUCAAGUUACGUGAGCAAAUACUAGAUUUAAGCAAAAGAUACGUUAAAGCUCUAGCAGAGGAAAAUAAGAACACAGUGGAUGUCGAGAAUGGUGCUUCCAUGGCAGGAUACGCGGAUCUGAAAAGAACAAUUGCUGUCCUUUUGGAUGACAUUUUACAACGCUUGGUGAAGCUGGAGAACAAAGUCAACUAUAUUGUUGUGAAUGGCUCAGCAACUAACACUACCAAUGGUACUAGUGGGAAUUUGGUGCCAGUAACCACAAAUAAAAAGAUGAAUGCAUCGGGCAGCAUUAGAUAGCAGUUGAAGAUCACCUUGUGCUGCUACAUCCACCAUGGAUUAUAUCCUGUGGUAGAAAAGCUUUUUAAUUGCUGAUUGGGAGACAGAGUAGUAAUUAAUAAUAAAAGCUCUAUGCAUUUUCAAAGAGUAUGCUGGAUUCAUGGAACUCUAAUUCUGUAUAUAAAAUUUUUAAAGUUAUUAGUUUGCAUUCAGCAAGUCUUUUCAAUGCUGUAUUAUAUGUUUAAGGGGAAUUUGAUAACAUGGUUGAUGUAGUAAGCAGGUAGGUGAUCUUUGUAUAAAUCCUUUGUGUUUGAGAUCAAACUGAAACAGAAACACUGAAAGAUCUGGAUUCAUUUCUAUAUUUAUUUAAAAUAAAACUUGUUUUUCAGACAGGUAGAAAAUAUUGUCAUUGAAUCGUUCUGUCAUUUGUUCUCAAUAGAUAGAACUGUUAGACUAAUGCUGUCAGAAAAUAUGCUUACUUCUACUGCUAUAUUUUGUUACUCAGAUUAUGAGCGAAGAAGGAAAGUAUAAUGUUAAAAAUAAUGUUUUGAAAUUAUGACCCAAAGAAUGUCUUCACUUGCACUAUCUUUCAGUAUAACUGAAGGUUAAUUAUUGCAUAUUUUUAAAAAUUACAUUUGUAGGAGUGUAAUCUUGAUAUGGGUAGCAGCCACUGUUCAUGACCUAUUCAAAAACUGGGGCAAUUUAAUAACAACAUUAAAAUAGUAAUCUCUAACCUCAUAGUUAAUACUUUCUUAUGUAUAUUCUAAGGAUUAAAAGAUAUUUUUAUGAUAAGAUUAAAAAUAUUAAAUCCUGAUUUUUCA